ACAUAAUAUUUACAUACAUGUAUUGAAUGGCGUAUUAACCUAUAUGACUAUAUAUACAUUGCUGAAUUUAGAAUCCCUGACUCAUCGCUUCGUCGUUAUUUCAAACAUCGCAAAGAGAAGGGGAUAAAUUAUUUGGCAAAGAGAAGGGGAGAAAUUAUUUGGCUCUUCACGACCAAGUUGCUGGCAACUAUUAUAAACAAGGAGAUUUUCUCACGUUGAGGUUUGUAAUUGCCUUAUAGUAUUUUAUAGAACUGACCAUGCAACUAAUACUUGCGACAGUUUUUAAGUGGUUUUCCUAUAAAAGUGGCAAAUUAUUGACAUAUAUAUGCAAGAUAAGCGUAGUGAAAAUAGAAAUCAACGCUUCACUGACAAGGAAACGAAUAAAAUGGACCCAUUUGUGUACUGUACGUUGUAGUACAUUUUGCCUUCGAUUUGGUUUAAUUAAAUAUGCAGUAUUAAAAAUUAACUUGCCGACAUGAUAACGACACAGAAUAAUACAAGGUCAUACAAACAAAUUCAACGUUUCGAGCGAAGUUCUUCUUGUAUUUCUGAGGUAGUUGUAUGACGCAGCUUAAUUUCUUGUUAUCGUUGCUACUACCUUCAAUAUGGCACAGACGUUUAAGACUAUAUAUUGUAUAAAGUUAAUAUGAAUCACAUGAAGAAGUUGGCAGAAAAGUGUAUUGAACAACAAGAGACCCAACAAGAACCCAGUACCAGUUCACAGUGUUUGAAUAUCACUAUAUUAAGUUUCAUUUCGGAAUUUAUAUUUAGACACUUGUGGCAGUGAUGGCAGCCAGCCAACUUCAAAAUGUCUUUCUUUUAUGCAUGGGUGAUGAGGUAUAGAGCCUUGUGGCAAUUUUAGGUAUUUUGUAACAUUUUGACCAUAUUAAUAGCUAUAUUUUGAUCCAUAUUUGUCAGGUAUUUAGGAUACCACGAACCCCCCUGGCUGACUCCUAUAGCUAUCAUGAAGAAACUACAGUUUGCUUCCUGAGGACUAUAGUUUUUGCAGAUGGUUAUACCAGUCUCAUAGCUAACAGCCAGUUUAUUUUGUAAAACUAAAAAUAUAUUUUGUGCCAGUAUGUUAUAUCUGAUGUCUAAUUCCCACCAAUGUUGAGCUUGGACACAGAGAUCUUACACAUUCCCACCCUGUACCCCGGGACAAAAAUCAUCAAUAAGCAAUUUCCUGGGAUACGAUUUGCUGCAUUAAUGUCCCCUGGGGGGGGAGGGGGUUACAGCAAGACAGUUUAAUGAAAAUAAUCAUAUAUCAAUGUUUUUUUUUUCAUUCUGGUUGACCACCAGCUGCACUUAGUGGAACCCGCCCUCAAUAUUUGUCAGCAUGGAUACCCAAAGAAUAGAAUGGGAUGAAUUGGAGGAAGGUCAAAGAAAUUGCCUGAUGUGGCCAGAUUUUCUCCUGUGGGAUGAACCACGUACUGUUGACAUUCAUCGAAAAGAUCCAGAUGUCAGUCUUGGCCUAGUAACUAUUACAGUUCAGGUCAGUUUCUAUGGUCAGGCCAGUGACAUGGAUAUAACUGGAUGGCUAUCUUCAGAUAAACUGAAGCCAAAUCUGCCAGGAUCUGUGUCGAUUCUCUCUCAUAAACAAUUAUUAGAAAAAACUAAAAGCAAAGUCUAUUAGGAAGUUUUACCUGAAUAAGUGCAUUUAUAGAAAGCUUUGAGCAAGUGCUGUAAUUAACUUAAAAGCUUCUUUUGUAAAUUUUGAGCCGGCUUUCAAGAAUACAUAUUCAUUUUGACGGAUUGGCCGCACGCUCUCCACAUGCCUUUCAAAUUCGGCUUCAAAUUUCUGGUUGGAGGUAGCGUUCCAGUAUUCAUUUCACUGGGUCAGGCUAUUAAUUAAUGCAUAUUGUCAUUAAGGGCUCAGCCUAGGGUUACAUGGGUGGACCAUAACUGAGUGGCAACUGCAUGGUCAUGCUAUGCUAAUAACCUGUGCAUCUAAAUAAGGUAAAAGAUAAUGCAAAUAAUUAAUAAUUCGCAUAGCAGCCAUGACCUGUUGUAUGGCUAGCUUCACCACCUUUGUAUAAUUCCAAAUAUAUAUAUGCAUACUAACACACAUGUUUCAUGAAAUUCAUGCCCAACACUUGAUGAACUCUUAACAAGUUAAAACUUAGAGAUGUGGGAACACAUGCAUUUCCACUAAAAGAAUUAGCAAGAUCGAAAUUUUUAACAGGAGUAAUAAGGUUAUAUUUUAUAAAUGGCUAACAAUUGAAAUAUUUUAUUGAUCUACUGUGCGCUCUACAGGAUCCAGAGACAGAAACAUAUUACAAUAUAACAAAGCGCAUUAAAGAAAAUCACCCUGCUCAUGACAGCCACAUUGAACGUUUUGAAUGGAUCUUUAAAGUGGAUGGCACGAAAACCACCAAUUCCCCAAGUGACGAAUUCAGUCGCCUCAUCAAAAAUGGAAAGAAAGUAGUGUGGUUGUCAUUAAAGAAGGCUGUUGGCCCAAUGUCCAAAUUUGUGAAGAAGUGGGGUGCAAAGAAAAGUGUGACUUUAAAGUUGGGAAAGGAAAAUGAUUUUCAGAAAAGAGCUAGAUUAGUUCAUUUUUAUUGCCAGGUGUGUACUAGUUUGUAUAUAGAUAUUUAUAUUACUACUAAAACUAACUUAAUAAACACACAAACACAUUCAUGUAACGACACGUUAUGAUACGGUUGAAAUUAAAAACAGCUUUAAGUUUCCAGAAAUUUUUAUGAUUGUCUGAAGCCAAUGAAAAUACAAAAGCAACAGCUAUCUCAUGUACGCAACCGUGUACCUAUUUUUUCUCUAGGAAGAAAAUGGCAAUAGAAAAGACCAUAUUUUGGUAUGGGAAAUAAAACCUGGUACAGACACAGAGACAAGCGAGACGUUGCACAGAGGUGAUGAACUGUUGGCAGUGGAUGGUCGACUGGUAGAAGGGAAAAAGUUAGCAGAGAUCUAUAAACUUAUCCUUCAUAAAGUUCCUGCAGAGGUUGAGUUGAAAAUUAGAGUGAUACACCCUAAUAUGUUCAAUGUUGAAGGUACAUGGUAUUUCUGCACAAUCUUCUUACAUACCUCAUUAGUUGGUACUGACGUGAAUUACUGGGCAAACUUGUGUCUUGGGAUAAGACACAUAAGACAAACUAUCAGGAAAUAAAGCCUCGUUCAAAUGAGACCAACACCGUCCAACAUUGUUGGUCCAAUGGCAUAGUUCGAAAAGGGUCUCAUCUUUUAAAUUGCCUACUCUCCCUUUUACCAAUGUCCCCCUCUGUCCCUCUAACACCCCACCCCCCUUAACGACACCUGUUUCCAGAGAGCAAAAUUGACAGAUUACAAAGGUUAGCACUAGUUUCCAUCUGUGAAAUUGACGUGACGUCAUUUUCAGAAGAUAGAAGGGGUGUUAAAUGGCUAUGUAACUAACCCAAACCCUACCCCUACUCUAACCGCAACCCUAACUCUAACCCCAACCAAAUUAAUGAAAAAAUCCAGAAAGAAACAACUUUAGAAAUUGACCAAAUUACGAAAUGUCAGUUUGGUAGAUGGAAACUAGUGAAAACCGAUUACAAAAGCAUGCAAAUGUCAGCGAAUUAUUAAGCCAGUUGACAAUUAAAGAGAUACAACGUAAAGGUCCGUUUACACAGGCGAUUUUUGCUGCGAUUUUAGUUGCGAUUUUCUCCUUUUGGAGGAGUGAAGGAGUAGAUUACGUAAUGCAGUGGCGUAACGUUAUAUCAGGGGGCCCCCGGGUCAAAAUUUUCGAAGUCCCCCCUAGUAGAAGUGCCAAAGGCACGAGUUGAGCGCCGUAUAUGCACGAGUUUUCUAGGGGGUCCAGGGCAUGCUCAUCCGGAUAAUUUUUGAAUCUAGACUCUCUGAAAUGCCAUUUCCAGGACUUUGGGGAGAUAUUUUACAGAAUUCUGAUGGUCAGAAAACGACAUUGUAACAUAUCAGAGGCCCAAGCCAAUGUUUUUGCUCUAUCGCCUAAACCUGGGGGCCCCCAUUGGGGUUGGGGGCCCCCGGGUUCUCCCGGUCUGAGCCCAUAGUAGUUACGCCACUGACGUAAUGAUGUUGUUAUGAGAUUUCAUAACGUGGAACAUUUAUAACUGAUCUACUCCUUCACAUCCUCCAAAAGAAGAAAAUCGCAAGCAAAAAUCGCCCGUGUAAAUGGGCCUGAACAUGUGCAACAGUGAAGGUACAUAUAAUAUGUGGCACUUCUCAACACUGGCUGAUCGCAUUUUUAAACCUUACCUCUCCCUAUUGACGACAAGGAUUUUUUGGUCCCUCCUUCCAUGGAGUUUCCGCAGAUUUUUAAUGAAUAUCCAACUCAAUCUCAUGUUGUGGAAAUGCUGCAGAUUUGCCUUAACCCUUACCAUGGAAAUCCCUUCAGGGGGAGGGGGGGGGGGGGCAGGGUUUUAAAAAUGCAAUCAGUCAUGAAUAGUAUAGAUUUGUCCGGAGUUUUUUUUUUACUGUUGCCUCAGUGGAGAUGAAGACAGGUUUAAGAUUGGCAUUUUCUGGGUUUUUUUCAGAAUUGGCAGCCAGCAAGUCUGUUGCUAUGGCUCCAGAAAAUGAGAGACCUCUUAACAGCCCCGAUACAAGUAUGCUUCAACAAAAUAUAAGUUCACAGUUAAUAGUCGCCAAAAAAGAAACGAACGAGCAGGCUGGACGGAAAGAAAGUGAAGCGUAUGUAAACAGUUCUGUUUCAGUGGAGGAACCGUCAAGGUGUGAAACUACAGGACAGCCUCAAGGCGAAGCCGGUAUUUUAGAUUUUCACUUUUCUUAACUAGACACAUGGCCAUGGGAAUUAAGACAUAUAUGAACGUCAGCGCUCCUUGACGGGCGUUAAACAUAGUACAAUGAUAAAGUACAGCGCAUUACUCAUUAGGGUGCAAUGCAACUGAAUGGGUUGAACUCGGGGCAACGCCUAGGGAACAUUUAAAAAAUUUGAAGUUUCCAUUAUUUCGCCGAUUGCCAAUAAUUCAGCCGAACAUUGCGCAAACAAUAUUUCCUGGUUUAUCCACCUUCGCAAACAUGGCUAAUUAAAGGUCCAGACACACCGGACGCGAUUCGACAACGCGACGCGAUUUUUUAGUUUUUGAAAGUUAAUAAAACAGCCAAUGAGAGCAAAUUUUGAAAGAUAUGUAGACCAAAUAAGUCAAAAUGUUAUAGCGCUUCUAAAUAUUUGGAUGAUUUAAACUAGGAUCAAAGUUAUCGUUCAGUGAAAAUCGAAAAAUCGCGUCGCGUUGUCGAAUCGCGUCCGGUGUGUCUGGACCUUAAAGGUGCAGAUGCCUGGAUGAAAAACUGAGUUUAGAACUGAUGGAAUCAUAUAGUAUCAGUAUUACACCUAUAUACCGGAUGUCCCAAAAAAUAAAAUAUUCAAUCUAAGUCAAUCCAAUGACUCGAUUCAAUUUUGACAGGAAGAUUAUUAAAAUUAGUCUAGUACUCUAGUACGAAGUCCAAGUCGGUAUAAAGCACUGACAAAUGAAGAAAAUAUUAAUGAGAUAUAAACAUAGUGUUCGAACGAAUGAAUUUAUAGAAAAACACUUUGGAAUUUAAUAACUAGUUCUGAAGCAACUUUUAUAUCUUACGAUUUAUCUAGUAGAUGCGGCAGAUGUAAAAAGACCAGAACAAGAAACUAGCAAAACGAGACAAAGACUAUCAUCAUUCACAAAACGGUUGUCAUUGAAAGGGAACCCUGGCGGGAAUAAGGUCCAAAACGAAGUAUUAACAAAUGAAUAUAAAGAGAAAAGCAAAGUAUCAUUAACAAGUGAAAAAAAUGUAGGCUACGCCGAAACGCCACCAACCGUUAGAAAAUUCUCCCCAACAACCUCCCCAACUACCUCCCCAACAACCUCCCCAACUACCGACAAAAUGUGCGGCAAGUGCGUUAUGAACAGUGAAACACAGCUUCCCGACGGCCGUGACAAGUGGCCCAUUGAUAAAAUCGAACAUGGUUGUUUCCAAAAAAUGUGCGAUCUAAUCGAUUUACACUAUACUAGCAAAACACCACUUAUGAGCGCUUUAGGUUGCUUCUCCAACAUUGAGGCUGACUCAAUUGCACAGGAAUUCACGGGGACAGGAGGAAUCGGCAUUGCGAAGAAGGCACUCGGCAGGUGGGGAACAUCCGAUCGCAGUCAUAAUGUUGGGGCUCUUAAACAGAUUCUUCAGUAUAAAAUGCAAAGGAUUGAUGUGGUUGUAGAGAUUGAAAGAUGGGAAAAGAUGUCUGUUUGUCAUGGAUGUGGCAUUCAAAAAACUCCCAAACAACAGUGAUGUAGAAUUAAACUUUAGCAUCUGAGCAAACUGCAAACCACACUGAUCUCAAUAACACUACUGAAUGGAAAUCGUAUUUCCACAAAUCCCUGAUAAUAAGUGCAAAAAUUUAAUAACAUUUUGGCUAUUCCAAAUAUAACGGCCAAAUGAAAGCUCAUGUGCUUGUACAGACAGAUAAAUAACAUGGUAAUUUGGCGUAUUAAUUAGUAUUUUUAAUGGAAAUUAAUGUUGUAAUUUUUAUGUGUGAUCUAUUCCUUUU